AAUCUCAUCCUAAAGUUACCGGAAUUAUCCCCCAUUUUUAGCCAAAUUCGGACAUCACAAAGCAGCAACUUUAAAUGGAUAAUUUAAGCCCUAAAUGGCUGUCACAUACCAGAAUGUUCCAGCAAGAACCGGACCUAGCAGGGGGAAGAAGCCGGCGGCAGUGCAGGGGAGAAACUCACGGAUCUACCCAAAAUUGAAGGAAAUAAGAGCAAUCAAAGUUAACCCAAGCCAAUUCAAGCAAGAACAAAGGAAAUUAGCGGCUGUUCUUACCGAAAAAAUGCCCAGAAAUCACCCAUACCCACUAGCAGCCGGCGGUGAAGACAAGCAGAGCAAGGCAGAUCUGGAAUUUCCAGCAAGGGGGAAAGAUUUCUGGGUUCCAAAUCAGGUUCUUGGACAAGAAAGAAGGAGAAAUUCCAAGCUUUCUCACCAAUUUUUCAAAGCUGGUGCCGGCGGCUUGGAGGGGGGAUUUCGGGAGCUGCAGCGAGAAGAAGAAGAUGAGCAGAAUCGGGCUGGAGAAAAAGAGGAAAAAGGAGAAAAGAAAUAAGCAAUCCUUAUCCAAAUUUCUACUCUUUUAAGCCCCUCAACUUUGGAUAUUUUGCUCUUAAGCCCAAAACAAUAUUUUUCCACAAUUUAACCCCUAACUCACUUAUUUAUUCUAGAAAUUUUUGGGGUAUUACAUAGAUAAACUCUGAAGAGAACAUAACAAAAUCAAGAUUGAAGA